UUGCUUGCCAGCAGCCGUCUGGAAGGGGAGGGGUGCUGUCUGGCUUCCGGUUUUAGGCUGAAUUUGACACACAAUGAGGUGCAGGGAACAACCUAUCGCGAAACGCCGCUGUAAAUAAAUAGAACAAUCACUGAAGCCACAGAAUCAUGGAGAAUCAGUGCACAGUGCAGGUGAAGCUGGAGCUAGGACACCGAGCCCAGUUGAGGAAGAAGGUGACCUCGGAGGGCUUCACCCACGACUGGAUGGUGUUUGUGCGAGGGCCUGAGACUGGGGACAUACAGCACUUUGUGGAGAAGGUUGUCUUCCGGCUACAUGAGAGCUUCCCCAAACCCAAGAGAGUAUGCAAGGAGCCACCAUACAAAGUGGAGGAGUCGGGCUACGCUGGGUUCCUCAUGCCCAUCGAGGUCUACUUCAAGAACAAGGAGGAGCCUAAGAAGGUGUGUUUCAACUAUGACCUCUUCCUGAACCUGGAGGGGAACCCCCCUGUCAAUCACCUGCGCUGUGAGAAACUCACCUUUAACAACCCCACAAGGGAGUUCAGACGCAAGCUGGUUAAGGCUGGAGGGGUCAUGGUGGUGCCGGAAGGGACGGAGGCAGUGUCGAGGCCCAGUCCAGACUACCCCAUGCUCCCCACCAUCCCACUGUCUGCCUUCUCAGACCCCAAGAAGACCAAGACCUCCCACGGUUCAAAGGAGCCCAGUAAAGAGGGCAGUGGAGGCAGCAGUAAAGGGCCCAAGCCCCACAAGCUGACCAAGGAGCACCGCGAACGCCCCCGCAAAGACUCUGAGAGCAAGGCGGCGUCAAAGGGUGACAGCGACCGCGACGGGGGAGGAGGGGCCAGCAGCAAGAGUGUCCGUGAGCCCUCAUCCUCCUCUUCCAAGAAGCCAGCGGAGAUCAAAGUUAAAGAUGAGGGCAAGGUCCUUCCCAAGGCUGCCUUCAAAGAGCCCAAACUCACACUGAAGGAGGCCAAGAUGGAGGGCAUGUCCCCCAAAGGAGGGGGGGCUGGGGGAGGGGGCCCACUGGAGCCCAAAGCCCCCGGGAAGCGACCUUCCACUGCGGAGUCUCCAAAACCCAGUGCCAAGAAGCCAAAGAAGGGCAGCUCAGAGGGAUCUAAGGGGACAGCUGCAGUGCUCUUCACCGGAGCCUCUCCCCGGGUCUCUUCGUCAUCUUCAGUCAUCACAGGCUACACAGAGAAGAAACCCCCCAAGGAGAAAGGCCGCUGGCCCAAGAGCAGCAGGGCCGACACUCAGGAGGCCAAGGAGCCUAAGAAACUGCUGUCUGAGGACUCCAACUCUGAGGAUGAAGCCUCCUCCAAAUCAGAGCAGUCAGUCCCCUCCAGUCCCUCUAACUCCAGCUCCAGCUCUGACUCCAGCUCAGAGUCUGAUUUUGAGCCCGGACAGAAACAAGGCCAAGGCCCGCUGCGCUCUAUGGUGGAGGACCUACAGUCCGAGGGGUCAGAUGAUGAUGACAGCAGCUCAGAGGAAGGGACGCCUGUCAAGACCAACCCGCCCAACCGUGACUCUCGACUGAGCCUGGACAGCGAGAGUGACAGCAGUGAAGGCUCGCACCGCCCCAGUCGAGACCCGGCGCCGCCUCCACAGAAACACAGCUCCUCCAAUAACAAGAUCUUGGGCAGGAAGAGCCCAGACAUCUGCAGCCGCCCAGAGAAGGUGCUGAAGAAGGGAUACGACAAGGUAGGAAGGGCCUACACAGAGGAGCUGGUGGACCUCCACCGCAGACUAAUGGCUCUGAGGGAGCGCAACGUCCUGCAGCAGAUAGUGAAUCUGAUCGAGGAGACGGGCCACUUCAACGUGACCAACACCACCUUUGACUUUGACCUGUUCUCUCUGGACGAGUUGACCGUCCGCAAACUACAGAGCUGCCUGGAGACCACGGCCACGUGACAGGAAGCCUGCAGCGUAGAGGACCGGGGCGGGGCCGGUGCUGGGCUGCUGUCUCUCCUUGGCCCCUGGACCCCCACUGGGGAGGUGGAGCUGUAGCAGAGCUACAGAGGGAAACAGAAUAACAAUAGAACUCACACUUUCACUAUUUUCUGGAGAAUGGAGGAACAGGAUGAGGGAGGAGAGAGGACAAGGUCAGAGCAGCUAUGCCACUGUCCCUCUAACCUGGACAGGAGGACCAGACUUGGGGAGCUGGCCUGGGACUGGCAAGAGAUGUAUUAUAUAUGUUUCUUAUGGAGAGCAGCAGAGCAGCCUGUGUGCAGAACUGUGGAAUGCGACCACUCUCCUCUCCCUCCCCCUCUCGCCUCACUUCUAGCCAUUGCAAAGCCAAUACUUCUCCUCUCCUUCCUCCCCACUCACACACUCUUACCCGGCACAACACUCCUCCCCCUCAUCUCUGCUGGAGUUAAUUUCUCUAUAGGAAUAUUCCUGUCUAUGCAUGCAUACAUUUGUGUGUGUGAGUGUGAGUGGGUGUGUGUGUGUGAGGGAGAGUGGGUGUGUGUGUGUGAGGGAGAGUGUGUGUGUGUGUGUGAGGGAGAGUGUGUGUGUGUGUGUGUGUGUCUGUGUGAGCAUUUCAGAGGCUUUUUGGGGGGGGGGGUCUUUCGUUAGUCACUUUUUCAGUGUUCUUUAAGCUAGCUUGAGCACAAGCAACAGCCCUUACACACACACACAGAGUGAGAGGCAUUUGGGUCCCAUGCCAGGGUGUCUCUACACACAGGCACUAAGUUGUGUAUGUGCCUAUUGGUGGUAGUGUUCUGGAUGGGGUUCAUCUCUUGGUGGUAGUGUUCUGGAUGGGGUUCAUCUCUUGGUGGUAGUGUUCUGGAUGGGGUUCAUGUCUUGGUGGUAGUGUUCUGGAUGGGGUUCAUGUCUUGGUGGUAGUGUUCUGGAUGGGGUUCAUCUCUUGGUGGUAGUGUUCUGGAUGGGGUUCAUCUCUUGGUGGUAGUGUUCUGGAUGGGGUUCAUGUCUUGGUGGUAGUGUUCGGGAUGGGGUUCAUCUCUUGGUGGUAGUGUUCUGGAUGGGGUUCAUGUCUUGGUGGUAGUGUUCGGGAUGGGGUUCAUCUCUUGGUGGUAGUGUUCGGGAUGGGGUUCAUCUCUUGGUGGUAGUGUUCUGGAUGGGAUUCAUGUCUUGGUGGUAGUGUUCUGGAUGGGGUUCAUGUCUUGGUGGUAGUGUUCUGGAUGGGGUUCAUGUCUUGGUGGUAGUGUUCUGGAUGGGGUUCAUCUCUUGGUGGUAGUGUUCUGGAUGGGGUUCAUCUCUUGGUGGUAGUGUUCUGGAUGGGGUUCAUCUCUUGGUGGUAGUGUUCUGGAUGGGGUUCAUCUCUUGGUGGUAGUGUUCUGGAUGGGGUUCAUCUCUUGGUGGUAGUGUUCUGGAUGGGGUUCAUCUCUUGGUGGUAGUGUUCUGGAUGGGGUUCAUGUCUUGGUGGUAGUGUUCUGGAUGGGGUUCAUGUCUUGGUGGUAGUGUUCUGGAUGGGGUUCAUCUCUUGGUGGUAGUGUUCUGGAUGGGGUUCAUCUCUUGGUGGUAGUGUUCUGGAUGGGGUUCAUCUCUUGUCAGUUUGUCAGUUCAAACGUCCCUCCCUCUUCCAUCUCAAUGUGCAUGAAAGGGCUCAACAGCUAGGGAAAUAGCUGUGGAGGAUCACUUCUGAAUGGCCUUUUAAGUGUGUGUGUGUGUGGGGGGGUAAAAGCCGUAGCC